AUGACUUUCAUGGAAAAAAUUGGAUACCUCGUUUCUGCUAUAGCAUAUUUUCUAUGCAAACUUGAUACUGUAUGUGUGCAACAAAGUAUCAUAACAACAUACUCAAGCCUAGUAUCGUUUUAUUUAACCGUGGCGAUAGCAGUUCACAUUUUUACAACCGUCGUCUUUAAAAAGGACUCAACUUCAUCAUUGAAGUUCUUCAUAUGUGUUAACAUAAUUUGUUGGGUCGUUCCAGGUAUUAUUGUUGGCGAAGCUCAUGCGCAUGGUGUUCUUGGGAGAGAUAACAGUACUGAAAAGGCAUCAACAGGAACUCCUUGGUGUUGGCUAAAACAUUUACACAAAAACUAUCGUACUUGGGUGUUUCUAUCUGGUAAAGGAUGGGAGUUUUUAUGCUACCUUAUUACAACAUCGGCAUACGUUCUGUUGAAAUGGAAUCGGAAGCUGAAUCAUAACAGGGAACGAUUUAAAGUUGUACAUGACAGCUUGAGAGACGAGGAUAGGAAUUAUCUUUAUGUUUGGCUAUUUAUUUACAUACUUAGACUAUGGGGAUCUGUUCGCUCUUUGAUGUCCUUUCAAGAAAAUUAUAAAGAUAAUGUAAUUUAUGACAUAUUGGUGCACAUGCAAGCAAUUGGGGAUCCUGGUCAGGCAUUUUGCAAUUUCAUACUGUUCUGUGUUCUUGACAAGACGGUACGUGAUCAUGUAUUUCGGACGCCUGAGGAGAGAACCCAUUUGCUUCAAGGUUCAUUCGCGAUAUUUAGAUCUUAUAUUCUUCUACCGGAAAUUAGAAAUUCUACCAGGAAACUAGUCACAUGUCUUACAAUAGCAGAUUUUCUUACUGCGCUUAGCUGUAACACAAACAUGUAUUCUAAUACGUCUAAUAGUACUAGUAAGAAUGUCACGGAUUACACAAUGGCUGUGAUAAUGUCUACUUGUAGUUGUAGUCUAUCUAUUAUAGCUUCUUUUAUGAUUUUUGGCUCAUAUCUAUUUAUACCGGAAAUUCGGAAUUCUACAAGGAAGCUCGUCACGUGCCUUACUGUUGCAGAUUUCUUGACAGCUGUUGGUUACCUUAUUUCUGCUAUAGCAUAUUUUCUAAGUAAUCUAAAAUAUGUGUGUCUGACACAGAGUAUCAUAACAACAUAUUCAAGCCUAGUAUCGUUUUAUAUAACCGUGGCGAUAGCAGUUCAUAUUUUUACUACAGUGGUGUAUAGAAAGAACUCAACUUCAUCAUGGAAGUUCUUCAUAUGUGUUAACUUAAUUUGCUGGCUAGUUCCAGGUAUUAUUGUUGGCGUAGCUGAAAUGGAUGGUGUUCUUGGGAGAAACUUUACCAGUAAUGCCACGACAUCUAAUGUACCUCCUUGGUGUUGGCUUGUCAGUGAACACCCACACUAUAAGCUUUGGGUUUUUCUUUCUGGUAAAGGAUGGGAGUUUUUAUGCUAUCUUAUUACAACAUCAGCAUACGUUCUAUUGAAAUGGAAUAGGAAGCUGAAUCAUAACAAGCAACGAUUUCAAAUUAUACAUGACAGCCUUAGAGACGAGGACCAGAAUUAUCUUUAUGUUUGGCUAUUUCUAUACCUACUUAGACUAUGGGGGUCUGUUGGCUCUAUGAUGUCCUUAGGUGGUGUUAAUAAACAAUCACCGCUGUCUAAGGUAUUUAUGCAUAUGCAAGCAAUUGGGGAUCCUGGUCAGGCAUUUUGCAAUUUCAUACUGUUCUGUGUUCUUGACAAGACGGUACGUGAUCAUGUAUUUCGCGCAUGCUGUAAACCAUGUCGUACUAGCAAUACGCCUGAGGAAAGAACCCAUUUACUUCACGGUGAUUCUAAUCACUAUAACAAUGAUACUGACCAUACAGGAUUUCAAUCUAGUUCUUUUGGAAUUGAUUAUCAUUCUGAACAAUCCGAGCGUUACUCAUGUCCUAAUAUGGCAGCAACAGUUAUUGAUCAUGCUAAGAAUUCAACUGACAGUCAUGCAUCUAAAACGUCGGUGCAAUCAGAGUAUAGAGGGGAACCUUCAAAUGACAAUUGAGACCUGAAUAUUACGAAAUAAGGGCCGCCGAUAGGUUGUCAGACAAGCUAUUAAUUAAUGACAUUUAACAUCGUUCUUGGAGUUAUAUAUUUAAUUAAUUUAUCUAAGGAAAUAUUUAUUUUCCCGGAAAAAUAUCUCUGAUUUUGCAAAGAGUCAAAAAUGUAUUGGACGUUAUAAUGACAAGAAAUUAUUUAAGAGUCUUCAGAGACUUUAGAAGCAAUAAAUCCCAUUAGGAAUACCAAAUAAUUUUGAUAAAGACUUACCUAUAAAACAUACAAGAUCAAAUGGUACACAUUUAUAUCUAUUCAUUAAACUCACAUACAUGAAAACUGUUUUUAUUUGAUUUUUUAAAAAAUAGUUACCUUUUUUCACAAAUACAGAAAUUAUUUCAGAAAUUUUGUAUAAAAGAAAAAAAAUUAACCUGUGUAUCUACUUUUGUAGUCUAUAUCUACAUAGGAAAUAAAUGGAUUGCUCCUACUGUCUAUAUUUUAGAGGAAUGUAAUAAGCAUUUUGACAGGAGGUUUGUUUAUCUCUUGCUAACUUUCAUCAAUAUGUAGUAACUUAGUACUGUACACUGUACUCUCUUAAAUAUUCAAUUUGUUUGCAUUAAAAUAAUUCAUUACAUUCAACAGACUGCUUAAUACAAAUUAUUAAUUGAGCAUUCGUUUCAUGAUAUAUUCUUUUCUACAAUUCUGAAAUUUUAACUUUUAAGUUUUGAUAAGUAAAUACGUGUGUAUGAAAUUGAAACAGAUUUGGACUUUUGUACACUCAAUAUAUUUACCUACUCCUAAGAUAUUAACAUAAAACAAAGUAAAAUGUCAGGUUUGGGGCUAGACUCUGUGAAAUAGAUUACACUUAUGAAUAUAAAUAUUAUAUUUCUUUUAUAGCAUUCAUUAUAAUUAUGAUAAGAUCUAUUUGUUAAACAAU